AUGUGGUCCUUUUUUGCCAGGGAUCCCGUUAAAGACUUCGCUUAUGAAAUUAUUCCCGACAGCCAAGAGAAGUCUGGAAUAUGGUCGUUACACAAAGGGAAACGAAAGUCCAAUGGAGAUCCGGUGUCGGUGUUCGUGCACGAGGUGGUUCAAGGAUUGGAGCAGCAGACUCAGCUGGCAAAGGCGGCCUUCAAGCGUAUGAAAACCCUUCGCCACCCCAACAUCUUGGCAUAUGUUGAUGGCUUGGAGACGGAGAAGAGCCUUUACCUGGUAACUGAACCAGUGACUCCCCUGGCCGUUCACUUGAAGGGAAAUCCUGGUGAACUUGAGGUCUCCUGGGGUCUGCACCAGAUAGUGAAAGCUCUAAGUUUCCUGGUGAAUGAUUGUCACUUGCUCCAUAACAACCUGGGCCUCUGGGCCAUCUUUGUUGAUCGAGCAGGAGAGUGGAAGCUGGGGGCCCUAGACCAUGUUGCCCCAGAACAGGGUGACCCAAGCGGGGCCCAGCUUCCUGAUCCGAAGGCCGUUUACCCAGAUAUGGAAAAGUACGACCCACCAGAGAUGCCCAAUAGCAGUGGGGAGAAAUGGGGUGCGGAGGUGUGGCGGUUAGGCUGUCUCAUCUGGGAAGUGUUUAAUGGGCCACUCGGCAGAACAGCUUCACUUCGUUCACUAGGAAAGAUCCCCAAGGCCCUGGUUCCUCACUACUGCGAGCUGGUGGCUGCUAACCCGCGAGCUCGCCCCAAUCCAGCCCGUUUCCUCCAGAACUGCCGAAGUCCCGGAGGGUUCCUCAGUAACAGCUUUGUCGAGAGCAACCUGUUCCUAGAGGAAAUCCAGAUCAAGGAGCCGGCCGAGAAGCAGCAAUUCUUCCAGGAUCUGAGUGACAACCUGGACUCUUUCCCGGAAGACUUCUGUAAACACAAGGUCCUGCCUCAACUGCUAACUGCAUUUGAGUUUGGGAAUGCUGGGGCUGUGGUCCUCACGCCUCUUUUCAAGGUGGGGAAGUUUCUAUCUGCAGAAGAAUACCAGCAGAAGAUCAUCCCAGUCAUCGUGAAGAUGUUUUCAUCCACAGACCGGGCCAUGAGGAUACGACUGCUCCAGCAGAUGGAGCAGUUCAUUCAGUAUCUUAACGAAGCAGCAGUGAAUUCACAGAUUUUCCCUCAUGUGGUUCACGGCUUUACUGAUACCAACCCAGCCAUCAGAGAGCAGACAGUUAAGUCUAUGUUGCUGCUGGCUCCCAAACUGAACGAGGCCAACUUAAACCAGGAGCUCAUGCGCCACUUUGCUAGACUGCAGGCCAGGGAUGAGCAGGGGCCAAUCCGAUGCAACACCACUGUCUGCCUGGGAAAGAUCGCUUCCUACCUCAAUGCUGGGACCAGGCAGAGAGUUCUGAUAUCUGCCUUCUCACGAGCCACAAAGGACCCCUUCGCAGCGUCGCGUUCUGCUGGCGUACUCGGCUUCGCCGCAACACACAACUACUACAACCUCACAGAGAUUGCUGCACGUAUUUUGCCUACGCUCUGUGCUAUCACUGUCGAUCCCGACAAGAGCGUCAGGGAGCAGACAUUCAAAGCCAUCAAAAGUUUUAUCUCCAAACUGGAAGCAGUUUCAGAAGAUCCCACCAAGCUUGCAGAGAUAGAAAAGGAUGUUGGGUCAUGUGCUCAACCACCCAGCACCUCUUCCGGCUGGACCGGCUGGGCUGUGACCGGUAUGUCCUCGCUGACGUCCAAAUUGAUUCGCAACACGCCAGGGACCGUGGCGGGUGGAGCAGCUGAGAGUGGCGGGAUUUCAAACGCGUCCAGCGUGGCUCCAGGCAGCACUGAUGAAGCUCCCGGUAAGGCGCGGAUGACACCUGGUUCUGUAGAAAAAGGUCCACACAACUCCCUGACAUAUAGUUCUACUGCUCCAAGCCCUGCGAAUCACUCGCAGACUCCUGAAGGGACAGAAAAUGAUGAGGAGCCAGGAGAUCGCUGGGAUGACGAAGAGGAUUGGGGGAGUUUAGAGGAUUCAGAGAGAGGGCGGUCUGAAAAGGAUGACUGGAAUACUGACUGGUCAGGCACAACAUCAUCCAAAAAGAACACCGGUGAACAAGGAGUGGGAAGGUCGUUAUCCACCAUGGCGGUAAAAAAGCAGAGCUCAGACUGGAGUAGCUCAGGCUGGGACGCUGACGACAGCUGGUCGAAUGAAAAAGAGGGCCAGGGCCAGAGUUCCGCCGGCGAGGAGGGCUGGGGCAACGAAUGGGCCGAGGACGAGACAGACGUGGUCAGCGGACAACUGCCCGAGGGGGUCCGCUUGGCUAGCGAGUACAACUGGGACAGCAAAGGUGCCAGUCAGAGCGACCUCUUCGCUUGUGUCGCACAGAGAAACACGGUGGCUCUCACGCCUGCAGGUGGCUGGGGUACAGAGGCAACAGGAGAUUGGGGUACUGAAGACAGUUGGGAGGCAUUGGACGGAAAUCAAGGUCUGAGCAAGGCCGAGCUGUCCAAAAAAAAACGAGAGGAGAGAAGGAAAGAGCUGGAGGCCAAACGGGCAGAACGCAAGGCAGCCAAAGGUCCACUCAAACUGGGUGCACGCAAACUUGACUGA